AGCCCCCACGCCCCUAGUGCGCAUACUCAGUCCGACCCUGCCGUGCACCGCCCACCCAGAUCCUUUGGCCCUUGCGGCUGUGCUGGCGGGGAAAAUUGAGGCGGGGGAACGCUUAUGAGUCCAUUCCUUCCUCAGCCCACACGCCAGGGCCAGCAAAGUUCUUUCUCCCUCCUCAGAGCCGUAUGGAACAGCAAAGAAGGAUGGGAGAAAAGAGGGGGGUGGCGAAAGCAAGCCGGGUCUGAGGCACCCGUCAACCCUGCCACACUCAAGAUGGCGGCGCGGCUGUGGCGAGGACCCUCAGAGGCGGUACCAGCGCAUGCGCAGCGCAGAGUCCCGGCCCGGGACACAAGAUGGCGGCAGCGGCGCUGGGGAGGGCGAGGCGGAGGCGGCAAAACGGGCGGUCGAGCAGAACGUGUAGCCGCGUCCCCUCGAGUCCGCUCCGGGCAGCUGCUGAUGCAAGGAAUCCCCUGGGCCCCCGUCCACUCCACUGCUGACCAGUUCACCCACCUGUGCCGAGCCUUCCUGCAGGCCUCGCCCACAUCUGUGGGACCCUGUGACGUGGGGGUCCAUCCAGCUGGAGAAGAAAAUCCUCUCAUGCUAGCAUUGCAGACCCCUAAGGGUGAGAGAAAAGGGGGACCUCAUUCAGCCCUGAAACUAUGGGCCCAGCCCCCACAGCACUGGGAAUUCCUCUUCCCCAGAGAACCAAGGCAGCUUGGAUUUUUCUUACCUUGGUUAAUGGUUCCAAACUUUUUUGUUUCCAAGGUGCUCUUUUGUUGUAUAUAUGUCCUGUUGCCCCUGAGUUUUUAUCUGUCAAACUGUAUCAACGAAGUAACCAUUCACUUUUCCCUUUCCAAAUUAACGAAAACAUCUAUGACUGAAUGUACAAUAAAAUCAAAUGUCCCAAGGAUUCCUAUGAUGUUGUCUACAGCCAAUUAG